AUGCAAAAAGGAGAAAAAACCAAAACAACAGGUUGCUUAUGUUUUAGUAGAUAAACUAAAACAGAAUUUUCAAAAACCUUUAAAAAAUCAAAUAAAAUAUUAAAGAAAUACACAAAAAACAAUUCAGAUGUAUAUUAUUUGAAUUCAUUUAGAUUUUAGAUGACGAUAUUUUAGAAGUUAUGAUUCGCUUAUAUAUUUCAGAUAAUAAAACAAAAGCUAUCGAAAUGCUUCAAAGAUGUCGUAUUAACCCAAAUUUUUAAACGAAUCUUAUUCGCAAUGAUCUCGAAUAUUAUAUUCCGUAGCUUAUAAAUUUUAUGGUUUUUCACCAAUAAUUAUAGGAUGAUCGACUGAUUGAUUUCAUAAUUAAAGCAUCUUCUAUAGAUUUCUUUUUUGCUCAUCUUGUUUAUUUUUAACUCAAAAGCUUAUCAAAAAUUGUAUCUCCCAAUAGCAAAGUGGAGUUUAAGAUUGUUUUAUAAUUUGUUAAGGAAUUUGAAGAUAAAAUGACUUUAAAUUAUUAAGGUAACUUAUUGAUAGCAACAUAAUUGUUAAAGAUUCAUUUAGAAGAUUCAUUUUAAUCAGAUAUCUUAGUAAAGUCCAUUAUGUUGUCUAAUAAAAAAGAUAAUUAAGAGCAGGAAGUUUAUUAAGGAUCAUUAAGAAUUAAGUCAUGGAAACAUAAUAAAAUAGUCUAAGUCUAUGGAACUGAUUAAUGGUCUGAUUACAUUAAAGAUAAAAACCUAGAAGAUUGUUUAAUUACUAAACAUGAAGAUAUUGAACUUUAAGAUUAUGUUUCUAUUUUCCAAAAUGAAUAAAAUAAUGGUUUACAAGAAGAUCUUGCAUUUUAAUCAAAUAUUAAUUUUUGGAAUGAUAUCACUAAAAUUUCUGAUGAACUUUCGAAACAUUAAAAAAAAACAGAAUAAUUGCAUCGCUUCUUGAAUAAUAUUAAUUUAAAUUUACCUGCUGCUGUCUAUAUACCUUUUGUAAAGAAUUCAAUCAGAAAUUAUGCUAUUUUAAAUAUAGUUUCAAAAGAAAGUCGUGUAUUUUCAACUAAAAUGAGAAGUCCUUACAGUUUGACUUUAGAAAUAUUUAGACCUGAAAUAGAAAGCUAUUAUAAUGAAAAAUAAUUGUUAGACACUUAAAUUUCUAAGCCUAUUAAAACUAAUGUAAUUUAUUAUUUGAGUAAUUUUAUAGAUGAUUAAAUCUUAGUCUAUUUCAUAGAGUUAAGUUUAGUUCUAAAAUUUAAACAAUAGUGUUAUUUAAUUAUAAAGAUCGUAUUCUAUAGCUGAUGCUGAGAAAUCAUUUCAAAAUGAAUUUGAAUCAAUGAAAUUUAAUCAGACUAAUCAAUAAGAUUCUUAUGAACAAAACAAUGGAAUAGGAUAAUUCUAUAGAAAUAGAUAGGAAAGCAAUAAAAAUGAUUCAGACACAGAUAGUUCAGAUAAUAUGAUAGACUAAUAAUAAAAUUAACAGCCUAUAUAACAAUUAGCUUUUAGUUUAGAGGAUUAAAAUAGUUAGUAAUAAAUUUAAACAGAUUCUAAGAUGGAUCAAAGUACACUAAAUCGUAGAGUAAGUUACCUUUAGGACGGGAAGGGUGUAAUUUUAACAGAAAAUGAAUACUUAGAAAUAAAAAAGACAAUAUUUGGUGAAAAUACUACAGGAUUAUAGGAAAGAAUUAAAAAAUAAUCUCCAUUUUAAAAACUAAAAUCGUGGUAGUUAGUUCAUUUAAUUAUAAAGACUGGAGAUAAUCUGAAAUAAGAGCAAUUUGCAUUGCAAUUGAUUUGUUAAUUUGAUUAGAUCUUUAAAAAAGAAGGUUUACCUUUAUAAUUAAGGUAUUAUGAAGUUUUAUCUUUGGGACCCGAUAGUGGAAUAAUUGAAAUGAUAAAAAAUGCAACAACAAUUGAUAGUUUACAAAAAAAUUUAUAAACUAAAUAUACUUAAUUUUCAGAUUUUUCUGAUUUUUUUAGAUCCUUUUUUAGAAAUAAUAUAGAAUAAGCAUUAUAAAAUUAUGUUUAAUCACUUGCUGCAUAUGGGCUUGUGUGUUAUUUUUUAUAGGUAAAAGAUAGACAUAAUGGAAAUAUAUUAUUAGAUGAUGAAGGAAAUUUAAUUCAUAUAGAUUUUGGAUUCUUCUUAUCAAUAGCACCAGGAAAAGGAAUGGAGUUUGAAGGAAAAGUCCCUUUUAAAUUAUUAUCUGACUAUAUAAAAGUUUUAGGUGGAGUGUAAGGAUUCUUAUUUAGAGAUCAUUUUAGGAAACUAUUUUAUAAGUAUUUUAAUUAAAUUAGGUAGAGGCUUUAAAGCUUGUUAAAAACAUUAAAAAGAAAUAUUGUUAUUAGUUGAAAUGAUGUACACAGGUCAUGGGACUACAUUGCCUUGUUUUUCUAAAGGAGAAUUAGCAUUAAAAGAAUUAGAAGAUAGAUUUAAUCCAAGAACUACCUCUGAUGCUGAAUUAUUUGUAUUUGUUUAAGAACUAAUCAAUAAAUCUUUAGAUAAUUGGAGAGCAAGAUGGUAUUUAAGAUAUGAUAAUUUAAGGUACGAUAAAUUUUAAUACUUUGCUUAAGGAAUAUUUUAUUGA